AUGCAGUAUCGGCAAGACAAAGGCCAGCCGCGGUCGCCGGCGGCAACCUACGAGUCGCUGCUUGGACUUCUCGAGAUUGUGCGCAGCCCUGGUUUCUCCGAGCACACUGGUCUGCAGCCGUGGGUGGGGACACCCGAGCCGCAGCUAGGUUGCACCACGGCGGGUCUCCUAUUUGACCUGUCGCGUCAGCAGCAGCGGCUUGUGACGCCGUUCGGCGCGCUAACGCUGUCCUACUCGCUCUGCUUCCCGGGCUACCUCGAGCCGUCCGCGCCUCCGCCGGCACAGGACGAGCACUUGACACCGUUGCCAGGUCGCACUCUCGCCGUCCGGCCGGAGCGGACCUCGCUCUUCUUUGCGCUGUGCAGCUCAGGCGCACCGCACCUCCUUGCCCUCUCCAAGCAGCCGGGCCCUCGUUUUGCAGUCGACUCCGUGCUGGGAGCACCUCUGCCAGCUGGCGGGCUGAGAGACGCCCCGGCCUCCGAGCACAAGGCGAUGCGAGAACGCUGGUCUGCCGUCACUCGCGCGUCAAGGCCAAACAUGGCGGCUCGCUUGACCGCCUCGCUUCAAACGCCGGGCACUCCAAUCAUCAACGAGCUGACCGGGCGCUGUGACGCGGUGCGCCUCGACCUUCUACCACGCCUCAAGCAGCACCGCGCAUUCACUUGCGCGCGUACCAAGCCGAGCGAAGAGGAUCUAGUGCGAGCCAUGCGUGCCGGAGGCAACGAGGUGGAGAAGGCAGCACGGCACCUGCGCGCGAUGCGGCGCGCGGAAGACGGGCUUGUCUCGCAGCGUCGUGGGUACGUGACGCGCGCUCAAGUACGGGAGGUGUUGCAGACGUGCGACUAUGAUGAGCGGGUCGCGAGGCUGCUGCUCGACUCGCAGCGUCAAGUGUCGAGAGUAGCUGAUGACAUUCUUGCCCAAUCGGGUCUGGAGAGCGGCAUAGGCUGGCCUACACGGCCAGACGUCGAGGCCCGGCUCGCAAUGGCAGGGAAUGACGAGGUGAGCGUGCUGUCGGCGCUGAUUCAGGAGAACCGCGCCUCGGUGGAGAUGAUGGCCGAGAUCAUCACCUCCGACACCAUCGACCGUUUCCUCGCGCCGGAGCGGGCAUCCCUUUACGGGCUGUCCUCGCCCCCGACUACAGAGGAGCGGAGGCGCGUCGAAGCACUCUACGACGAGUUCGGGCGCUCCGAGGAAAACCUCCAUCAUUUUCUCUUUGCCGUGGGCCAGAUUGUGUGCAGCCUCGACAACCUCACCACUCCGGCCUGGAGGCCUCUCCGUGAGCUGGAUGGCCCGGCGCUGCAGCCCUCGGAGACUAAGCUCCGACCCCGCGCUGCUCUCAGGCCAAGCCGGUGCGAGUUGGAAGGGUACGUGCGCGAGUUCGGCGGCGACCUGGCAAAGGCCUUCCUGCGUGCCAACCGGUGCCUGACCGACGCGGCGCGCAAGCUUGGGUCGCCCGAUCGAGCGACCAUCGCCCGCUACGUGCGCGCUGCCGAGUGCAACGAGCAAGAGGCGCACGCCUUUGCACUGGCGGUAUGGAAGCUCGUAAACACGAAGCCGCCAAAGGCGGUCAAGUCAAAAACGCCCGCGCCGCCUGCUCGCGGUCGAAGCAAGGGCGGCAACGAAGCCAAAGCUCCCGUCACUUUGGCGGAGAAGUGUGGUUUCCCCUCGCGCGCCGAGGCCGAGGCGGCAUUGCUUGCCGUCAAGGCUGGCAAGGACCGCCUCGCAAGCGCCGUGGCUAUGCUCGAGCGCGUGGACGUGCUGCAUCGCUUCAUCUCGCCGACCUUCCCUGCCAAGCGAUGGCUCUGCGGCGUGGGAACGGUGCUCGCGCGAAAGGAGCACUUUGGCGUCGAUUCAACCGAAGAGGAGAGCACAGCGUGCCAACCCUUCGCCUAA